UAUUUCCCACCAAUCGUACGAACUCCAGUUUUUUAAUUGGAUCUGCCCCUCGAGGUGUCUCAAGUCCCAUUGUUGACUUAAAGCUCCUCACAUGUCUUGUCUUUGCUCCUGACUAUCUUCCUCUCUCUCUUCUCUCUCUCUCUCGCCGUAGACUAUGGCCACCGUCACCACCGAUACGCCAAUCCGAAUUGGAAUAAUGGGAUGCGCAGAAAUCGCUAGAGAAGUCUCCCGUGCCAUCAACCUCGCUCCAAACGCCACUAUCGCAGCCGUUGCAAGCCGCUCUUUAGAGAAAGCCAAAACGUUUGCUACCGCCAAUGGCUACCAACAAUCUGUGAAGAUCCACGGUUCCUACGAAUCGAUUCUUGAAGAUCCAGAGGUUGAUGCUCUUUACAUUCCUCUCCCCACUAGCCUCCAUGUCGAGUGGGCCACACGCGCUGCCGAGAGUGGAAAGCACAUCCUUCUGGAGAAGCCCGUGGCUAUGAACGUAGCUGAGUUCGAUAAGAUCGUCGCGGCUUGUGAAAAGAAUGGUGUUCAGAUGAUGGAUGGUACCAUGUGGGCUCAUCAUCCUAGAACGGCUAAGCUUAAGGAGUUCCUCUUCGAUUCAGACCGUUUUGGUCAGUUUAAAAACAUGCAUAGCUGCUUCUCAUUGGUGGUGGAUGAAGAUUUCCUCAAAAACGACAUCCGUGUGAAACCGAAUCUUGAUGGUCUCGGUGCCCUCGGAGACCUUGGAUGGUACGCAAUCCGAGCAGCCCUUUUCGCCAACAACUUCGAGCUUCCCAAAAUCGUGGCGGCCUCUCCAGGCACUGUCCUAAACGAGGCUGGAGUGAUCCUCUCGUGUGGUGCAUCUCUGAGCUGGGAAGACGGACGAACCGCAAGCAUAUACUGCUCUUUUUUGGCAAACGUAGGGAUGGAGAUAACUGCCGUUGGAACAAAGGGCACACUUUGUGUUCAAGACUUUGUUAUCCCCUUUGAGGAGACCCAAGCAACGUUCACCACUUGCUUGAAAUCUGGGUUCAAUGAUCCAUGGGUUAGUCGCCCGACCGAACACACGGUUAAGACAGAGUUCCCGCAGGAGGCGUGCAUGGUGAGAGAGUUUGCAAGGUUGGUUGGAGAGAUCAAGAACAAAGGUGCAGAGCCUGAGGGUUUUUGGCCAAAUAUUAGCCGGAAGACACAGCUGGUGGUUGAUGCUAUCAAAGAGUCUGUUGAUAAAAACUGUCAACUGAUUAGUCUUUCUGGUCGUUGAACCUUAUGUUCAUUCCAUGGUGGCUUUUAGGUAGGCUUUUCACGUUUCUCCUACCUCUUUGUUUCUUUGUUUGUGUUGCACUGUUAAGAGCUUUGACUUACCAGUUUUUCAGGUUUCACUUUGUUUAUUUUGUUUCUUUCUUCUUUAAUUUGAUAAUAAUAAAGGGAAAUUAUGAACUUGGUUUAA